AUGAGACCACUCGCGCCAGAAAUCCAAAACUGCCAUUCCAAGGAAAACCCUCAUGGCGAAAUGCACGUCGUUUCCUGGUACGUGCAGCUUGCCUGCGUAGCGGAUCCUCAGUCUGUUCAUCACAACUGCCAACGAUGGUUCAAUUGCGUUUUGAAGUGGAAUGCAUUGUGCUUGGGCCAGAUCGAUCCAGCAAAUUUCGUUCAGGAAGAUCUUGAACUCUUUCAAGAAGGCAAGGUCGCCGUGAGCCGAGUAUGCAACGCCAAUCACAUCUCUUCCUUCCCGCCACUCAACGAAUCUGCGCCUCAGGUCCUCUACAGAUAUGGCCUCUGUGUCACCGAAACAGAAACGUUGCACUCCGGGCACGCUGUCUUGGACGGCAAACUGAUAAGUUCAAAUGAGAUAUGA